AUGUCUGACGCCGAUUUUGAGACUGUUCGAAGGCUGCAGGCUGAGCGGAAUGCUGCUUCUGCCGCGAAGAAAGGUUCUCGGACCUUUGAUCCGUCUAACCAGCGCACUGACGUGUCGACUAAGGCCUCCCUGACCGAAUCGUUCGAUACCACUUUGUACGAUCGCGAGGGUGUGGAUAAAUUUGCUGGCUACAGUACGUCGAUUGCUGUCGAUGGCGACGAUGAAGACAUGGAAGACGCCGAUGGCGGGCACCGCCUCGUCGGCCAGUAUACUGCCACCAGGGACCAGAUCGAUGAGAUGGCCCGUGGCAAUGGUGUGGAAGAGGAGGACAUUUUGCUCGGACGUGAAAAGUCGGCCCGCAUCGCGGACCGUGAGACAGACUACCAGAAGCGCCGCUUCGACCGGGGGGCUCUGACGCCAACCAGAGCCGAUCCCUUCGCUGCAAACACCCAUGCGAACGUGGAGACCGAGGGCCAGACCUACCGUGAAGUCAUGGCUCUGCGCGAGCUCGAAAAAGAAGAGGAGCGGGUCAAGAAGCUGAUCGAGGAGAAGGAGGCUCGUGGUGAGAAUGGGGUGGCUGAACACAAGGCUACCCUCCAGCUGGAGGAAAACGACAAGGAAAACGUCGAGGCUGGUUCGACCGUGUCGGUGGUGACGAGCAGGAAGAGAAAGCAGAGGUGGGAUGUGUCUUCCGAGGCCGCCACGGAAGAGGAAGCACCGCAGCCGACUGACGCAAAGAAGAGAUCGCGCUGGGAUCAAACACCCGCACCCGCCGCUCCCGAUGAGGGCCUCCCAAAACGUCGCUCACGAUGGGAUCAGGCGCCUGCGCUUGGGGGAGCCACUCCCGUGGGCAGUCAAGGUCUUGCGACCCCGAUGCACCCGUCUCAGGCGGCAGCUAUGAUCCCGACGCAGUUUGGAACAGAUAUCUCUGCUCGCAACGCUCCCCUGUCUGAUGAGGAGCUGGACAUGAUGCUGCCAUCCGAGGGCUACAAGAUCCUUGAACCUCCCCCGGGCUACGCUCCGGUCAGGAAUCCUGCGAGGAAACUCAUGGCGACCCCUGCGCCCACGGCGACGACUGCGACCAUGGGUGGGUUCAUGAUGCAAGAACCUGAGAGUGCCCGCAUGCUGGGGAAACAACUCCCCACCGAGAUUCCGGGUGUCGGGGACCUGCAGUUCUUCAAGGCGGAAGAUAUGGCCUACUUUGGCAAGCUGAUGGACGGGGGCGACGAGGCCGCCAUGACCGUGGAGGAGCUCAAGGAGCGCAAGAUCAUGCGGCUGUUGCUGAAAGUCAAGAAUGGCACGCCGCCCAUGAGGAAGACCGCCUUGCGUCAGAUCACCGACAAUGCCCGGCAAUUCGGCGCGGGGGCGCUUUUCAACCAGAUCUUGCCCUUGCUGAUGGAGAAGUCGCUUGAAGACCAGGAACGCCAUUUGUUGGUCAAGGUGAUUGACCGUGUACUCUACAAGCUGGAUGACCUUGUCCGUCCCUACGUGCACAAGAUCCUCGUUGUCAUCGAGCCGCUACUGAUUGACCAAGACUACUAUGCUCGCGUCGAGGGUCGUGAGAUCAUUUCCAACCUGGCCAAGGCUGCCGGUCUUGCGACCAUGAUCAGUACAAUGCGCCCGGACAUCGACCACGUGGAUGAAUACGUUCGAAACACCACUGCUCGGGCAUUUGCCGUCGUUGCUUCUGCCCUGGGUAUUCCUGCGCUUCUCCCAUUCCUACGCGCUGUCUGCCGCAGCAAGAAGUCCUGGCAAGCGCGCCACACCGGUGUGAAGAUCGUCCAGCAGAUCCCCAUUUUGAUGGGUUGUGCCAUCCUGCCUCAUCUGAAGGGGCUGGUGGACUGCAUCGCUGACAACCUGAGCGAUGAGCAAGCCAAAGUCCGAACCGUCACGGCGCUGGCGGUCGCGGCGCUGGCCGAGGCGGCUAAUCCGUACGGUAUCGAAAGCUUUGACGAGAUCCUCAACCCUCUGUGGACGGGUGCCCGCAAGCAGCGUGGCAAGGGCCUGGCAGCCUUCCUGAAAGCCGUCGGAUACAUCAUUCCUCUCAUGGACGAGGAGUAUGCCAAUUACUACACGAGCCAGAUCAUGGAAAUUCUGCUACGAGAGUUUUCGUCGCCCGACGAAGAGAUGAAGAAAGUUGUUCUCAAGGUGGUGUCGCAGUGCGCGAGCACGAACGGCGUGACAGCCGGCUACCUCAAGGAGCACGUCCUGACCGAUUUCUUCAAGAGCUUCUGGGUGCGACGCAUGGCUCUGGACCGACGCAACUACCGCCAGGUGGUCGAUACGACGGUCGACCUGGGCCAGAAGGUUGGCGUGGGCGAGAUCCUGGAGCGAGUGGUCAACAACCUCAAGGACGAAAGCGAGCCGUACCGGAAGAUGACGGUGGAAACGGUGGAGAAGCUGAUCGCGGCCCUGGGGGCGGCGGAUGUGUCGGAGCGACUGGAGGAGCGGCUGAUUGACGGCGUGUUGUAUGCCUUCCAGGAACAGAGCAUCGAGGACAUUGUGAUCCUGAACGGCUUCGGCACGGUGGUGAAUGCGCUGGGGACGCGGUGCAAGCCGUAUCUGCCGCAGAUAGUCAGUACGAUCCUGUGGCGGAUGAACAACAAGUCUGCGACGGUGCGGCAGCAGGCGGCGGACCUGAUUUCGCGCAUUGCGAUGGUGAUGAAGCAGUGUGGAGAAGACGCGCUGAUGGGCAAGCUGGGGAUCGUGCUGUACGAGUACCUGGGCGAAGAAUACCCCGAGGUGCUGGGCUCGAUCCUGGGAGCGCUGCGAUCGAUAGUGACGGUGGUGGGGAUCAACCAGAUGCAGCCGCCGAUCCGGGACCUGCUGCCGCGGCUGACUCCGAUCCUGCGCAACCGGCACGAGAAGGUGCAAGAGAACACGAUCGACCUGGUGGGCCGGAUUGCGGACCGGGGCCCCGAAUCGGUGAACGCGCGGGAAUGGAUGCGGAUCUGCUUCGAACUGCUGGACAUGCUCAAGGCGCACAAGAAGGGGAUCCGGCGGGCGGCGAACAACACGUUCGGGUUUAUCGCCAAAGCGAUCGGCCCGCAGGACGUGCUGGCGACGCUGCUGAACAACCUCCGGGUGCAGGAGCGGCAGUCGCGGGUGUGCACGGCGGUGGCGAUCGGGAUCGUGGCGGAGACGUGCGCGCCCUUUACGGUGCUGCCGGCGCUGAUGAACGAGUACCGGGUUCCGGAGCUGAACGUGCAGAACGGCGUGCUGAAGGCCAUGUCGUUCCUGUUCGAGUACAUUGGAGAGAUGGCCAAGGACUACGUGUACGCGGUGACGCCCCUGCUCGAGGACGCCCUGAUCGACCGCGACCAGGUGCACCGGCAGACGGCGGCCAGCGUGGUCAAACACAUUGCGCUCGGGGUGGUCGGGCUCGGCUGCGAGGACGCGAUGCUGCAUCUGCUCAACCUGGUCUUCCCCAACAUCUUCGAGACCAGCCCGCACGUCAUCGACCGAGUGAUCGAGGCCGUCGACGCCAUCCGCAUGGCCGUCGGCACGGGCGUCGUCAUGAACUACGUCUGGGCGGGCCUCUUCCACCCGGCCCGCAAGGUGCGCGUGCCCUACUGGCGCCUGUAUAACGAUGCCUACGUCCAGAGCGCCGACGCUAUGGUUCCUUUCUAUCCUGAUCUGGAGCAUGACGGUCUUUCCCGACCAGAGCUUUCUAUUAUUGUUUAG